AAUUCCCACUUCCAAAACCGAAUCCCAAUUUUUUGACUCCUGAUUCUGAUUUCUUGCCAUGGCUCCUCCGCCGGUGGAGCAGAACGGCGAGUCCACCUCCGGCGAGUCGUCGCAGCGCGGCUCCCCGACGCCGUUCCUCAGCAAAACUUACCAGCUGGUCGACGAUCCGGCCAUCGAUGACGUCAUCGCCUGGAGCGGCGACGGAUCGAGCUUCGUUGUCAAGAACCCCACCGUGUUCGCCAGAGAUUUGCUCCCCAAGUAUUUCAAGCACAACAACUUCUCCAGCUUCGUCCGCCAGCUCAACACCUAUAGAUUUCAGAAGAUUAUACCGGACCGGUGGGAAUUCUCCAACGAUUGCUUUCGCAAGGGCGAGAAGCGGCUGCUGUGCGACAUCCAGCGGCGGAGGAUAACGCCGCCGGCGGUGAUCCCGGCGAAAUUGGCUGCUUCGCCGGUGAACUCCGGCGAGGAGCAGGUGACUUCGUCGAGCUCGUCGCCGCGGCCGAGGAUUCCGUGGCAGCUGGUGGAGGAGAACGAGAGGCUGAGGAAGGAGAAUCUCCGGCUGACUAAAGAGGUCGCCGAGAUCAAGUCUCUCUGCCACAACGUGUUUACCAUGGUGUCCAGCUACACCUGCGCGAAGUCGCCGCCGGAGGAGCUGGCGAUGAGCGGGGAGCGGUUCUUCGGCGAGGAGAUGAGUCCGAAGAUUUUCGGGGUGGAAAUUGGAGCGAAAAGAGCGCGGGAGGAAGGCGGCGGCGGCGGUGAGGAGGAGGAGGAGAUGGAGUUACGGCUGCGGCAACCGAGCAGUGGUGGUGGGGUGAAAUCAGACGGUCCUGAUCAUCAUCGUGAGACGCCGUGGCUGAAGCAGUGCCACAGGGCCAAUCAGAGGGUGUGUAAUUGAUAAACGUAGAGACUCGAGGGGGGCAAG